GUCGCUAGCGUGUAGACAUUUAUUUCACUUCCUCCCGUCCUCAGAUGUUUAGGUGUUCGUUCUUUUUGUGCACAAAGCUUGCACUGGACCAUGUCCGGUGUUGGCGAGCUUUUGAGCAAAUCAAGGCAGAAAGAGGAGAGGUUGAGAAAGACGAAGGAGUUUCUAGCCAAGCAUCUCCAUGACCGCUUAUUUGUGGACUACUUCAAUGUUUUUCUCAACUUGCCGGUGUUUGGUCAAAGAAUGCUGUUUAAGCUGCACGAUGGAGACUUUAUAUUUGACCCUCCAGUUUUCACAGGAGUGAUUCAUGACAGGAUAGUAGCAUGGAUAGCUGCGCGCAGGUUUCACCUGUUUACAAAGACACACCUCUUUCUGGAAUAUCAGCUGUGCCAUAAACUGAAAAACCUCGACUUUGAGCUGCGGUUCAGGGAUUCCGAUUGCGACAGGCGGACCCAUCAUGUACUGCAGGUGUUCGCAAACAACCUGCUGGGUAGCGUGGCUGGAAUGUACCUGUUCCGUGAGCACCUCCGGAACUCCUCCGGCUCGAAAGUUUUUGGGUGCUGGCUACAUGUGCAACGAUUCCGACAGACGCGCAACUUGACCAAACGACGCGAGAUAUUCCACGAGAUCCAGCAGUGCUAUCUCCUAGCUACGGCGUUUCACAAGCUGUCCAACAGGCUGUGCAGAGUAGUGGCCGUGGAGCUCCUGUCUUUUCCUGUGGUGCCGCAUUCUGAAACGGAGCUGUCAGCGCGACUUACGACUGAUCACUAUGUGCCCUCAUGCGAAGUCGACCUCUCGUCACCUAAGGCCUUGGGACUGGUGCAUCGAGUGCUUCUGGAAGCCUUGCGCGCUUACUGGGCUCCUUGUUACGUCAUGCAUGUGCUCUCCACCCAGCCCUUUUCAAUAUUAAAGGAACUGUUUAGGGUUCCAAAAGGGACAGAUCUGAAGAUGCUGAUUAGAAGAUGUACCCUUUUCAAAGUCUCGGGUGACCUAGGUUCAUCUCCAAAAGAUAAUGCCCUUUCCGGUAAAGACGACUUGAACAUGCCAUCUUCUUCAUCGAUGUUGUUGACAUUAUCUUCCUCUUCCACGCAUAUCACCCAUAGUACCCAGGAAACCACGUUGACGUACCUACCAUAUCUGCAAUCUUCAACCGAACCAUCGAGAAUUUUGGCGCUAGCAACCAGACAUCAACUGCAUCUUGAAAAUACAGGUUUCAUUGUGCCAGAACUUCCAAGUAGAGAAAAAACGCAAGGACGAGACACUCUGUUUCAGGACGACACCAAUGAUGGGGAACUAACAGAGAUGUGUGUUGAAGAAAGGCUGCUGGACACAGAAUGUUAUUGCGACAAUUCUGAACGAGAAAGUAGACGACACGAAGAGAAACAGGAGGCCAAGGUGUCAGACGAGAUGGAAGAUGAAGACGACAGUAAGGUCAGGUUGAACCUGACGAGACUGGCCCUGAAAGAGAUGGCCAUCAAGCCCGAACCCAUGCUUUACCUCAACCAGCUGCUGCGGCAUUACCUCUUCGGCUAUCGACACCUGAACCAAGAGGAGCCAGUGACUGACAGGCGAACCCUGUGCCUGCUGGCUUGCGACGACUUGGCCGGCAGUCCGUUCCGUUCUUACCUGCGUGGUCAGGCCCAGCAGCUGUAUUUGAGCUACUUUGACUUCUGGUCAGCUAUGCGCCGGUAUCAGCAGUUGCAUGACCUUAACCAAAUGGAGGAAAUUAUGCAUUCCAAGAGCUGCUCCAUGAUCGCCGACGCGCAUAGACAACAUAUCCAUUAUAUGGUAAACAGAUUUCUGAUAGACAGUGGUGUUGAUGCCAACAUCUUAGGCUGUAAGAUUCGGCUGAGUCUUCUGGAGGACAUCAGAAAAGCCAGAUGGUCACCACUCAUCAACUCAACAUUGGACGUCGUGUCCAAUGUACUCAGUAUCCCCAUGACGCAGUUCAUCCUUUACGACAGACAAGAUUUUCGAAAGCACGCGAUGGAUUCAAGCAACCCUUUGCCUAACUUAGAACAGGAUUCACAAGCUGAGAACAUAAUGGCAUCGGACCUUCCAAUGCAGAUACCUUCAGCUUCAUUGCGAACAUUUGCUGAUCGUCGCUGUCUCUCCGAUCCCUGGAGAGAGGAUCCCAAACACGAUCCAGAUGGAGACAUGGAAUGUCUGCGACCCACGGAUCCUCGUGGCACCAAGUAUAACGGCGUUGUGGGUGUCCUGGGCGAACAGCAUCGCUUGCUGGCCUUUCAGUUUCUUAUCGUCCUGCGAGAAGAUCUGCCAGACGCACAGGUCUGUGAUGUGGCUUCUUUGGCAAGAAUUGUGGGGUCUGACUAUGGUAGCCUGCACAUUCCUUUCUCGGCUCCUGUCACUCACAGAUUUUUGGCCAGUCUUCGACCAAAACAGCGAAUGUCCAGGGCGACGUUACUAAAACCAUCGCCUUUGAUGGAAGAUUUCCUUUCCCCUGUAAUCAAUAGGUUGGGGCCUAUGCAUACUUUAACAAUGAACGAUCUCUUGGAAUAUAGAAGAAAAAGAAGUGAACUGGUGCUUAAACUUCCAAGAACCCCAAGAAAAUUUUUGGACAUCUUAGCACACGAGACGCAGUUCAACGUUUUCAAGAAGUAUUUAGAGCUGAAGGGUCAGUUGAAAGCAGUCUCUUUUGUCGAGGAUGUGCAGGACGCCUUGCGGCUCCUGGAUCAAGCAGAGCAGGAGUCAAUGGUCGCCGGCAUCAUAGAACAGUAUUUCGGGGAUGGUGAGAGGAUUUUGAACAUUCAAGAAAACCAGUCUAUAGCAGUUAUCAUUGUUGAAAGUCCAAACCUGGAAAACCUAUGUUCAGCUCAGUUAGCCUUGGAAAAACAGAUCGAAGAAAUAUGGUUUAACAAAUACGUUGAAGAGCUAGAACGACAUAAAGUAGACCUACCAACUCCCAAUGAGGAAACCUACAAAGAAGACUGGCUAGAAAACUUUCUUUUAGAACAAGAGGAAAAAACAAGAAUAGAGGCAGAAGAGAAUAAAAAGAGAUUACAGAAAAUAAAGAAACAGGAAGAAAAAUUAGAGAAAUUAGAGAAACAGAAAGAAAAGAGAAAAGGCAAGACAGAAAAAAGAGAAAAACACACAGAAAAGGGAAAAGUCAAGAAAGACAAAAGGGAAAAGCACGCAGAAAAGAUGGACGUAGAAGAAGCUAAAAAAAAUCAAGAGACCAUUAAAGACUUGGAGAGCACAGAUGAAAGCUCAGAUAGCUCAUAUAGCUCAGAUAGAGGAGAGGUAGAGAAGGGCGAAUGGAAGGAAGAAAAGGAACAUUUCAAAGAGAGAAAGAAAAAACCACAAGCUAAGAAGGGAAAAGAAAAGAAUCUCCAGGACAAGGAAGACGACAGAGCUAAACGCAAAAGGGACAGAAAGAACGAUAAACAAGAGAAACAGGUAGAUAAGGACAAAAGAGUCAGAGAGAGAAAAGAACACGAAUUUAAAGACCCGAAAGACGAGAAUGAAGAGAAAACAUCGGUCACUGAUACAGAAAGUGAAGAGGAACAGGACUACGAAGCCACAUCUUUCAGACAGGAGAUGUUAGACAGGGAAAAGCAAACCUUCGAAGAUUUUGAACAAAAGAAAAUACAGAAGAAGGAGAGGAGGGAACACGAUGAAAAAACAUCAUCGGGGGCAGCUAAACGCAAAAGGGACAGAAAGAACGAUAAACAAGAGAAACAGGUAGAUAAGGACAAAAGAGUCAGAGAGAGAAAAGAACACGAAUUUAAAGACCCGAAAGACGAGAAUGAAGAGAAAACAUCGGUCACUGAUACAGAAAGUGAAGAGGAACAGGACUACGAAGCCACAUCUUUCAGACAGGAGAUGUUAGACAGGGAAAAGCAAACCUUCGAAGAUUUUGAACAAAAGAAAAUACAGAAGAAGGAGAGGAGGGAACACGAUGAAAAAACAUCAUCGGGGGCAGCUUCUCUUAACCAAAUGACCUCAAAAAGACAGGCUAAAAUAUCGAAAGAAGAAGAUAGAAAAGUCAAAGACGAAUAUAAGAGUGGGGAAGAAGAUGAAGGAACAUCAUCCGGAACAGAUUCUCUGAACGAAAUGACCUCGAAAAGACUUACUGAAAUAUCGAAAGGAGAUAAAAAAAAGAAAAAAGAAAUCAUGGAGGAGAAAAAGAGAGAGUUGAAAAAGAAAAAAAAUAUACAGGAAAAAGUGGAUCGAUUGAAAGAGAACGAAAAGGAAGACAAGAAAUCAGACAUAUUAUUAAGUGAGACACCCACAGAUGCACAAGCUGCCAUAAAAGAAAAAAUACCUAAAGAAAAAAAAGAAAUACCAGAGGAAAUAGCAUACCAAGCAGAAGAAAGUAUCAAAAGCGAUAUUUUCGAAGAUAGUUCACUAACGCCAGAAUAUUUCGAACAUAUGGAACAAUCUGUUGAUUCAGCAGAAUCAUCAAUAUCAGUGUAUGAUAGGUCACAGGGUUUAAAAAGAAAGGCAAAGCCGAUUGAUUUAUGGCGACACGUGGUAAGAGAAAUGGUGAAGUUCACGAGUUCUCUGAUUAUACCACUUGAAAGAAAAUUAUUUGAAAUGUACCUCAAGCAAGAGCUCCAGAAUGCGAAGAAUCAUCUCACAUCAGACAAGGAAAUGAGAACGACUGACUCAGAAGGAAUCAAACACGCAGUGUAUACACGCAAGAUUUUGAAUGAUCUCAUCCAAGUCAACAAGCUGCCUGCGGACCUCCGCUUUUUUGUGGAAGCAGACAGAUUCAAGAAACAAAUAACAUCUCACUUAAAGUGUUCUACGGAAAUCGGGGUACCAAUCGAAAAGGAAAACCCAAUCCUGGGCAUGCGCGCCAAAGCCAUCAUUGAGUGCUUUUUCCAGUCCGUGUGUGAACCAGUGGUUCAGGUCAAUUUAUGUCCGGAAAAGACUGUGUCACAAAUAAUAAAAAGUAAGUCCUUGUCUGUUGACAUGUUCCAUGAUGUCUACAUUCAUGUUUAUCCUCUGCUCUUCAAGAUGUGGAAAAUAUUUGCUCAUCAGUGGCUUUCAAGUCUUCGUGUAAACCAGCGAAAAAAAAGAAUUGAAAUGAUACUGGCAUCCUUCAAGGACCCUAUCAUUGGGGAUUGUCCUCAUCCGGAGGAACCAACAGCAGAUUACCUUCCCUUAAGGCUGAGUGACUACAAGUACGCUCCUUUGGGGGACAAGGAACUGAAAGGUAUUUCAGGAUCUAUGCUGAAAUUUACUAUUUCUCGUGGUGUUCGCAUUCUGGUCAACGAGGCAGAGCAAAAGAAAUCAAACAAACUGCCAUCACCGGAACCGUUAGCAAUAAACGAAAAUAGAAACAAUUUCUAUAAAGUGACUAAUGAAAAAGACAAGAGAGACAAUGUCUUUUUUGAGACCCAGUAUCAAAAUAAGGGAAAAAUUGAUCAAUCAAACAAAUGUCCAGGAAACUCGGACAUGACCGGAUCUCACGUGGAAUUUUCUGUAUAUGCGAAAACCCUCGAAUGCAGAGAAAGAAAGAGGGACUUAGGUAUAGGAAGAAGUACGGUACCGAAAACAUGCAACAACAUUUUACAGGAUCGAGAUUGUGUCGUCGCCAUGGAAGAGAGAGGACAAAAGUAUCAACGAAAACCAGAGCCAAAACAGAAGGGAGAAGUUUACAGCGCGCCAAAAGUAUGUUCAGAACCAAAAGCCUGUUCAGAGCCAAAGGUAAUGACAAGUAAACAGAUGGGUGGGGAAAAGGUAGAAGAAGAAGACAGCGUCACCAUAGAGGAGAGAGAACGAAAGCAUAAAGUCGGAGUCAAAUCAGAUGGGAAAAAAAGCGCUCCAAAAGUAUGUUCAGAGCCGAAAGUAGUGAAAAGUGGACAGAUGGGUGGGAAAAAGGCAGAAGAAGAAGAAAACGACACAUUGGCACAAAAAUAUCAAGCAUCGACCCAUAGGAGUGAUAGACGAGAAACAUUUAAUAGGGGUGACAAGCAAAUAGCUAAUGACGGCAGCGAGAAGUUUAUAAAACAAGCGAACAGAGAAACGAGCACUGCAAAAAGAGAUGAGACAACGUGGAAAAAAAAGCUACACAAUGUAAGCAGCAAAUCGCAGUUUCGCGCGUCUUUCCGAGUCGGAGUUUUCCAACGCUGGAUGACUGUCUUCCUCUGCAGGACAGCCUAUGCCGUGCAGGUCAGCAGAAUGAUCACUCUACUAUGUGAAAGCCGACAAGCAUCCCUGUGACUGUUAGGAUCACAAUCACUCUCAGGGGUCUGUUGACAUUGCGGAAAGCAGUCAUGUCGUUGUUUAAGAGCGACAGUAUUUAGACCAGUGGCAAGCUUUGCGCAAAAAUCUGUUGAGCGUUAGGGACUGGAUUACAACAAGCAACGCAGUACGAGUAUUUUAACUCUUGGAAUACGUUAAACUUUGACGAACAGCGGGGGACUGUCAGGAUAGGGGUUGUUGACCUGUUUAGCUUUCCCUGUGAUGUUGCUGGACUACCCGGCAAUUUUCAUAACCCAGUGAGGUAUAUGGAGUAUAAAUUUUUUCGUAUAUGUGUACGACAUUUUUAACUUUAAAUAUUUUAUAUACAUAACUAUACAGACGAUACAGACGACGUCUUUUUAAGUUUUUUACUCUUUGUAACGAUGUUUUUAGAUAUAUGCAUAUUUAAACAUAAUAUAGCUUUACACUUUAAAUAGUUUUAUUUAUGUAUUUUAAAUGCAAUGUAUACUUUAUAAAAGAAAGGUGACUAAAU